AAGGGACAAUAGUUCUGCUAACUCUUAUUUCUUUGUUGUGAAAUGCGGGAAAGCCAACUUUCCGAGUUGGCAAUGCACUUGAAGUCUCUUUGUGACUGUGCUACCUGAGCUUGAGUCCACACAGGAUCUCCAUGAAGCGACGCGCCGGGUGAUUACAGUACUUUCUUGGGGAUUUUGCUCUUUGUAGACCGGGACAUCAUGUGGACGCCGACGGAGGACGAGAAGAUCGGAGUGGUGAUCUGUAACUUCCGGGGCUCGGUGACUCAGGGUCUGGCUCUGGAGGUGGGAGAGACGGUUCAGAUUCUGGAAAAGUGUGAAGGAUGGUACAGAGGAUUCUCAACGAGGAAGCCAAAUGUCAAGGGAGUUUUCCCAGCGAGUUACAUUCACUUGAAGAAAGCCAUCGUCACCAACAGAGGGCCACAUGAGACUGUGGUGCCUCUGGAAGACCCCAUAGUUACCGAGGUGACGUCCACACUGCAGGAAUGGGCCUUACUCUGGAAGCAGCUCUAUGUGAAACACAAAGUUGAUCUUUUCUACAAGGUUCGUCACGUGAUGAUGGAGCUGAUCGACUUGAGGAGGCAGCUCCUGUCCGGUCACCUGACACAGGACCAGAGCAGAGACGUCAAGAGACACAUCACCGUCAGACUGGACUGGGGCAACGAACACAUGGGUCUGGACUUGGUGCCCAGGAAGGAGUUUGAGAUGGUGGAUGAAGACCAGAUAAGCGUGUCAGAUCUCUAUAAAAUGCAUCUGUCGAGCAGACACAGCGUCCAGCAGAGCACCACACAGGGCGACAGUACGCGGCAGCGACACGGCGAGCCGUGCAGAGUUCCAGUACCGCACCACCUGCUGGUCAACCUGAAGAGCUUCACCUACAACAGCAUCGGAGAAGACACGGACAUCUUCUUCUCUCUGUACGACCUCAGAGAGGGCAAGACUAUCAGUGAGAAGUUCAUGGUCAGACUGAACAAGAACGGAGGACCAAAGAAUCCAGAGAAGGUGGACAGGCUGUGUGCCCUCUUCACGGACCUGAGCAACAAAGACAUGAAGAGAGAUCUCUACAUCAUCUCUCAGGUCAUCAGAACAGGUCGCAUGCUGCUGAACGACAGUAAGAAAGGCCCUCCACACGUCCAGUACCGCCGGCCGUACGGCUGCGCUGUGCUCGCCAUGAGUGACGUGCUGCAGACCAUCUCCGAACUCAAGGAGGAGAAAGACUUCGUCCUCAAGGUCUACACGUGUAACAAUGAGAACGAAUGGUACCAGAUACAUGAGAACAUCAUCCGCAAGUCCAGCACCAAAUACACAGCACCCAGCACCAACUACGGUCUUAUCAUCUCUCUGCAGCUGCUGAGGGGCGACAUGGAGCAGGUCCGCAGGGAGAACCCGCUCAUCUUCAACAGGGGCGUCGCCAUGACGCGCAAACUGGGCUUCCCUGAUGUCAUCAUGCCAGGGGACAUCCGUAACGACCUGUACCUGACCCUGGAGCGAGGGGACUUCGAGAGAGGCGGGAAGAGCGUCCAGAAGAACAUCGAGAUCACCGUCUACGUGCUCUACGCCGAUGGAGAGAUCCUCAAGGACUGCAUCAGCCUGGGUUCAGGGGAGCCCAGCGUCCCGGAGCACCGAUCCUUCGUGCUCUACCACAACAACAGUCCUCGCUGGAGCGAAGUCAUCAAACUGCCGAUCCCCAUCGACCGCUUCAGAGGCUCACACCUGCGCUUCGAGUUCAGACACUGCUCUACGAAGGACAAAGGAGAGAAGAAGCUGUUUGGUUUCUCCUUCACUCCUCUGAUGAGGGAGGAUGGAACGACUCUUUCAGACGAGAGCCACGAACUUUACGUUUACAAGUGUGACGAGAACACCACCUUCAGUAACCACGCCCUGUACCUGGGCCUGCCCUGCUGUAAGGAGGACUUCAACAGCUGCCCCAGCAUCCCCUCCAGCCUCAUCUUCCAGCGCAGCACCAAGGAGACCUUCUGGAUCUCCACACAGCUCUCCUCCACCAAGCUCACCCAGAACGUCGACCUGCUGGCUCUGCUGAAGUGGAAGGCCCACCCAGACCGGGUCAUGGACAUCCUGGGCCGGCUCCGACAUGUCAGCGGAGAGGAGAUAGUCAAGUUUCUCCAAGACAUUCUGGACACAUUAUUCUCCAUCCUGGACGACAACACAGACAAAUAUGGACCGCUGGUGUUCCAGUCGUUGGUGUUUAUUAUAAACCUGCUCAGGGACAGUAAAUAUUACCACUUCCGGCCGGUGAUGGACACGUACAUCCAGAAGCACUUUGCAGGAGCGUUGGCUUACAAGGAGCUGAUCCGUUGUCUGAAGUGGUACAUGGACCGCUCUGCAGAGGUGGUCAGACAGGACCACAUCCAGGAGGCCAUGAGGGCUCUGGAGUAUCUGUUUAAGUUCAUCGUCCAGUCUCGGAUCCUUUACUCUCGGGCCACCUGCGGGAUGGAGGAGGAGCAGUUUCGCACCAGCAUCCAGGAACUCUUUCAGUCCAUCCGCUUCGUCCUCAGCCUGGACAGCCGCAACUCAGAGACCCUCAUCUUCACACAGGCCGCUCUGCUGAACUCGUUCCCGGCGAUCUUCGACGAGCUGCUGCAAAUGUUUACAGUGCAGGAGGUGGCCGAGUUUGUGCGCGGCACUCUGGGCAGCAUGCCAUCCACGGUGCACAUCGGACAGUCCAUGGACGUGGUCAAACUGCAGUCCAUCGCCCGGACUGUGGACAGCAGGCUCUUCUCUUUCCCCGAGUCUCGGAGGAUCCUGCUUCCCGUCGUCCUGCAUCACAUCCAUCUUCAUCUGAGGCAGCAGAAAGAGCUGCUCAUCUGCUCUGGAAUCCUCAGCUCCAUAUUCUCAAUCAUCAAGAGCAGCUCACUGGACACGUCGGUGCAGGAGGAGGUGGAGAUGAUGGUGGAGUCCCUGCUGGACGUCCUCCUGCAGACCCUUCUGUCAAUCAUGAGCAAGAGCCAAUCGCAGGAGGCGGUAAGGGGUCAACGCUGUCCGCAGUGCACCGCGGAGAUCACUGGAGAGUACGUGUCAUGCCUCCUGUCCCUCCUCCGCCAGAUGACAGAUAUCCACUUCCAACACCUGAUGGAAAACUUCCAGAGCAAAGAGGAGCUCAAGGAGUUCCUGCUGAAGAUUCUGUGUGUGUUCAGAAAUCUGAUGAAGCUCAGUAUUUUCCCUCGCGACUGGAAUGUUAUGAGGCUCCUCACCAGCAACAUCAUCCUGACCACGGCUCAGUACCUGUCUCCUGCUCUGCACAAGAACUUCACAGAAGCCGAAUUUGACUUUAAGGUGUGGAACUCGUACUUCAGUCUGGCGGUUCUUUACAUCAACCAGCCCAGUUUACAGCUGGAGAAUCUGAGUCCUGCUAAAAGGAAGAAGGUGUUAGACAAGUACGGCGACAUGAGAGUGAUGAUGACCUACGAGCUGUUCAGUAUGUGGCAGAACCUCGGUGAGAAUAAGAUCCACUUCAUCCCCGGGAUGAUCGGGCCGUUCCUGGGAGUGACGCUGGUUCCUCAGGUGGAGGUACGAAACAUCAUGAUCCCCAUCUUCCACGACAUGAUGGACUGGGAGCAGCGCAAGAACGGGAACUUCAAACAGGUGGAGGCUGAGCUGAUUGAUAAACUGGACAGUUUGGUGUCUGAGGGAAAAGGUGACGAGAACUACAGAGAACUCUUCGGUCUGCUAACUCAGCUGUUUGGGCCCUACCCCAGUCUGCUGGAGAAGAUCGAGCAGGAGACGUGGAGAGAGACGGGCAUCUCCUUCGUCACCUCGGUCACUCGACUGAUGGAGCGGCUGCUCGACUACCGGGACUGCAUGAAGGGAGAUGAGACGGAGAACAAGAAGAUCGGCUGCACCGUAAACCUGCUGAAUUUCUACAAGUCAGAGAUCAACAAGGAGGAGAUGUACAUCCGCUACAUCCACAAACUGUGUGACAUGCACCUGCAGGCUGAAAACUACACAGAGGCUGCCUUCACGCUGCUCCUCUACUGGGAGCUGCUGCACUGGGACGAGCGUCCUCUGAAGGAGUUCCUGCAUUAUCCCGCUCAGACUGAGUGGCACCGCAAAGAGGGGCUCUGCCGGAAAGUAAUCCAUUACUUCAACAAGGGGAAGUGCUGGGAGUUUGGGAUCCCCCUGUGCAGGGAGCUGGCCUUCCAGUAUGAGUCACUGUACGACUACCAGAGUCUCAGCUGGAUCAGGAAAAUGGAGGCAGCAUAUUAUGACAACAUCAUGGAGCAGCAGCGUCUGGAGCCGGAGUUCUUCAGAGUCGGAUUCUAUGGCAGGAAGUUCCCGUUCUUCCUCAGAAACAAGGAGUUUGUGUGUCGCGGCCAUGACUAUGAAAGGUUAGAGGCCUUCCAACAAAGGAUGCUGGGAGAAUUUCCGCAGGCCAUCGCCAUGCAGCAUCCCAACCAGCCCGACGAGGCGAUCCUGCAGUGUGACGCUCAGUACCUGCAGAUCUACGCGGUGACUCCGGUGCCGGAGAGCGUCACCGUCCUGCAGAUGGACAGAGUCCCCGACCGCAUCAAGAGCUUCUACCGCGUCAACAACGUCCGGCGUUUCCGGUACGACAGACCGUUCCACAAAGGCCCCAAAGACAGAGACAACGAGUUCAAGAGUCUCUGGAUCGAGAGGACGACGCUGAUCCUCACUCACCCGCUGCCCGGGAUCUCACGCUGGUUCGAGGUGGAGAAGAGAGAGCUGGUGGAGGUGAGUCCGUUAGAGAACGCCAUCUCUGUGGUGGAGAACAAGAACCAGGAGCUGCGGACUCUGAUCAGCCAGUACCAACACAAGCAGCUGCACGGAAACAUCAACCUGCUCAGCAUGACGCUGAAUGGAGUCAUCGACGCCGCCGUCAACGGAGGCAUCGCCAGAUACCAGGAGGCUUUCUUUGAUAAGGAGUACAUCACCAGCCACCCUGAGGACACAGAGAAGAUCACACAGCUCAAAGACCUGAUGCAGGAGCAGGUUCACAUCCUAGGAGUCGGCCUGGCCGUGCACGAGAAGCUGGUGCACCCAGAAAUGCGUCCCCUGCACAAGAAGCUGAUCGAUCAGUUCCAGAUGAUGAGGAGCAGCCUUUGCCAUUGUUUCUAUGUGGCGCUGCAGGGUCUGCCUGGGUUAGAGAAGGCCGGCUCAGGAGCCAACACUCCCAGAGGGAUCCUGGCCUCCCACAGCCCCAUGAGCCCCGAGAGCUUCAAGCUCAUGCACCGACACAGUGAGACAGGAAACGUCGGCAGCCUGCUGAUCCUGGCUGAUGGCAUGGUGGUGGAGCACCCCGAGGACUUCUACCGCAUGCAGGCAAGCCCCUCCUCCUCCAGCCUUAGCUCCACCCACUCUGCGCCCUCUCAGAUGAUCAACUCCGCCCCCUCCACCAUCAGAGUCGGCUCUCCAUCUCUGCCGGACAAAUACAGACACAACAGAGAGAUGCUGAUGCUGCUGCCGCCACACAGAGAGAGGCCGAGCAGCGCCAUGUACACCAACAUCACCGAGAACGGACAGCCGACGAACUUCCAGCGGGCGUUGUUCCAUCAGGUGAUCGGUCCCUGUAAACCCUGCAGUGACCCCAACCUCUCUGUGGCUGAGAAAGUCCUGACGACUCCCAGCAGCUGGAGUUUGGACAGCGGUACGAGGGAAGCCCUCCCCUUCCUCUCUGCUCAUGUCGGCAGUGUGAUGGCGCCUCCUGUCCCCCCACGCAACCUGCCUCAUGGCCAACACCUGUCGAUGCACUUUGACGCUUUCCACCACCAGGUCAGCGACCUCCCUCCAGCUCUCCCUGCGCGCUCCUUAAGAAAGUCUCCCCUGCACCCUAUACCUGCCUCGCCCACCAGUCCACAGUCCAUCCUGGAUGGCAGUAACUCCACCCUGUCAGGCAGCGCCAGCUCCGGAGUCUCCUCCCUCAGCGAGAGCAACUUCGGGGGCCCCACCUCCUCCUCCGACCCCCCCGCCAGCCGCACAGACACCCUGGAGUCGGCCCCCAGCAGCCAGGCCUGGACCACCGACCAGGAGGACCUGGACUCUCCUUACCAGCCCGUCAGGUACAGCGUCUCCGAGCCUGACGUCCUGGACGGAGUCAAGCCCCCGCCCUGCCGCAGCCACUCCGCCCCGGGGGGGGUCACCCCGGCCCAGGCGGGGGGUCAGAUCCAGCCCCAGGCUCCGGGUUCGGCCCCCACCGGAGCUUCACAGCAGCAGGACGGGGUGCAGCACCCCCAACACCUCUACUACCACCACCACCACUUCCACCCGCACUACAUCCCCCACCACCCGCCUCUCUACCACCUCCACGAGCCUCCUCCAGCCCUGCCCCCCAAACCCUACCUCAGAGAGGGCUGUAUCCCCGAAGAGGACCCCCUGAACACCCAGUCCACCCCUACUCCUCCCGCCCCCCGGCCCAUGCCGCGCAAGAUCUCCCAGCCCAUAAUCGCAGCGACCAAGGAUGAGCAGGCGAAGGUGGCGUGGGAGCACGGCAUCAGCGAGGAGUGAGGCGUCCACAUGACAUUUAACGUGGGAUUUAAAUAAACAGAAUAUAAACUCUUGGAAGAAGAGAGAAAGAAGUGAGGCAAACUGAAGCUGAGAGAUGAUGAGAAACAGACCACUGCUGUCGUCCUGCUCCAAUAACCAAACUAAAGGACUCUCAGCUCGGCCUCAGCAGCUCCGUAUCCACAACGUGUUUUCCUUCUAACCAAAUCCCUUUUCUCCUUUCACUGCAUCCCUGUAUGAGCUUCAUCUGUUCAGUUAAAUCAAGAAAUAAUAUUUAAUCACUAAAUCCAUCAUGAUAAUCUCUCACGGCUGAACUCAGAUUGCACAGACACGCACUUAUCUCAUGUUAGACUUUAUUUUCACUGAGAGCAUUAAAACAUUUAACAUUCAGAAGUUUAAAGAUUUGAGAUGAAAGAAGUUACACCCUGUGGUUACCUCGCUCCGGAGACGUUUAGACAAGCAGCACUUUAAUAGAGAAACAGGGUGCCAAAAUAUGUCAGAUUAAUUAUUUAGAUGCUACAUGAAGAUUAAUUGAUGAUCUCAUUAUGAGAAAGAACAUAAAAACAGAGAAAUUAUAAAAUGAAGACCAAUCAAACGAAUCCUUCAUGUUAUUCAUCAGAUAAUCAGCUGAAACAACAACAAACAUCCGGCGAAAAGUAUUUAUAUUUUCCAACAAAAACAUCACAGUAUGUAGAUAAAUGUAAUACAAUAUAUAGAAGUAUAUAUAUAUAUAAUUUAUAUUUAAUCCUUGUACUUUUGAAGGUGAAACUUAUGUAGAAAUAUGCAAGACGAGCGACUCCCCGAGCCGCCAGUAGCUGCUUGAUGAGACAAGAUGUACACACACACACACACACACACACACACACACUCACACUCGCAGGUGUUUUGAAAAUGUUGCAUCCCACAGAUCUGUGAUGUUAAAGGCCUUGUUCCCCUGUGAGGGACUCUGUUCUAGCUCUGGAGGCAUCAGACGGAGGACGUUUAUAGAGAAUAUUAACUAAAAUAAAUAUACACUUUUUGCCAUUUUUUUAUGAACUGUAAUGACUGUACAUUUUUUAAUCAGGAAACGGUUUUGUAUGCAUGUUGAUUUACUGGCAGUUAAACAGAAACGGUGAAGCACUGGAGAACUUCUGUGCACUGAUGUCUUUAUAGAUUAGAAUCACCAACAAUGUUCAAUCUGCAAGAUUUAUCUCAGAGAAAACGAACUGUGACGGAUAAUGCUUUUGUUUGUUUUGUGAAAAACUUUUUAGCCAACAGCUCAGAUGAUGUACAUACUGUCACGUGUCCAAUCACUCCCCUCUUUUCUGUUUGUAAAGAACAAACCUGAACUGUGAACAGCUGUUAGCUCGCCUGGUUUAGCUUCUGAAGUACCAAACAUGGUCAGUGUUUCCUGCCUGAUGCUGGAUCAGAUCCUUACUGUGUGAAGAACAGUUUAUGUGCACAGACCUGAAUCACAAAGUCUUAGCCUCUGAAAGAAAUGUUAAAAGAUAAGGCUGCUGAUACUCUGCACUGUUAUUUUAUUUUGACUCUCCUGUUUCCAUAAAUACGAGAAAUUUUGGAUUAAUCCGCAGCUAAAAAUAGUCCCUAACAAAUACUCCUGCUCGUUUGCUAAGAAUAAACUUUAGUGAUCAGCUGUGACACUAUAAAGCUACUUCUCUAAAAUUGGAGCAAAAAAGACCCUGAUUACUAAUCCUCUCAACCCUGAAACAUGUUUUCUCUUAAAGAUCGGCAAAAAUACAGCGUUUAUGGUAGAAAGAAACUGUAAAAACAGGCAUUAUCAUCAAAUGUUGAACAUUCUGACAGUCCUUGAAUAAGUAAUAGGUCAUGAACGUUUCCAUCAGAAAAACCAUCAGACCAAAACAAAGUUUAAAUUGAAUUUCUGUCAGUAUCACUUUAUUCUUCUUCUCUUUAUUCUAUGUUUCAUUUAAAAUAAAGUGUUUGCACUAACCAGAUCCUGUUAAAAACAUUAAAUUCUGCUCCUCAGACACUGUGAAGACAUGAUUGAUUCUGCUCAGACCAACGGUCACAUGACAAAUAUUCACUGAAAAUCUGUUUACACAGACCAGAGAGGAGAGGACAGGAGAGGAGAGGCUGUUUACACAGAGCAGAGAGGAGAGGACAGGAGAGGAGAGGACAGAAGAGGCUGGAAACAUGUCAAUACUUCAAAAUGUAGAAUAUGUGGAGAAAAUUUUUUCUUUUUUUCUUUUUUCUGAUUUCUGUCAAAAAGAAAGAAAGUCUGCACAAAGAAUCGUUUGAGUUGUUCCCACCAUGAUUGUGCUGAUUCUACAGAGCUGCAGGAUUUAUAGAUUUAUAUAGAUUUUAUAUAUUGCAGAGAAAUAAAACGACACAGAGAGGAAAAUGUAAAAAAUAAAAAAGACAACAAAAAAGCGCCCAGAAAUGGCUUGUUGGUGUUCAGAGGGUAGAAGAAGCAUGUUAGUGCUGGAAGUGAAGAUGUGACAUAGUUACGUUGGUUAAGUAAAAACAUGAUACACUCAUGUUAAAUGACAUUAAUUUAUUGUUUACUUUUGUUUUCCCACGGGGACAUGAAACUCCUGAGUUUGUUCUCCUCUCACCUGCCUGAAGUCUGUUUCCUUGCUUCCCCGUUCACUUUCACACAGAAACAAAAAAACACAACAGAAACGUUGCAAUAAGUCUUGAUCUUUACACGAGGUGGUGCUGCUGCAUUGUUUUGUCCACAAGGGGGCGCCAAAAUCAACACAAAAUGAAGGUUCCUUAAAGUGGCUUUAAAUAUCUUUAUUUUCUGCUUCAAAUGAAAUGUCCAGAGAGAGAAACACUCUGCUGCUCUCUGUCAUGUGAAACUGAUUUUUCUGCUCAGUAGGAAAAUCAUCAGGUGUGAUUGGUGACGUCAUUACGACGGCUGCGUCCCAUUCGGUUUCUGUGUGCAUGCUGGCUCACUGUCCGGGCUUACUGGGACACUAAAUGUAACGCAGCCACUGUUAUCACUUCCACUUUUGCGUCUCUUGUUGUGUAAAUGUGUGAGCGUGUACUUUAGCCUGAUUAUUCACCACAAAAAUGAUAAGAAAUGAUUCUAAGUGAGGGAGAAAAUGAACAGCUAAGAAUUGUUCUGAGGGCUUUUAUUGUGAAAGUUUUGCUGAAGUUUAGUGCAGGAUGCUGUGUAGCCGUUGGUUUGUUAGGAGCUGUGCAGCAGGAGAGUGUUUCAGUGUUUUAUUGUUUAUUCUGACACGUUAACGUUAAGCAGCUCGGGUUUCCUGUUGGGACGUAAUUCAGUGCAGAUGAACAAAAGUAAGACAAAUGACAUGUUAUGUAAAGUAUGGCAUCACUUUGGUGUCUUUAUUAAUCAAUUAAUCAGAAAAUAAUCAACGCUGCACUUAAAAAAAUGUUUUAUUGCAAGAAAAUCUAGUUUUGUGUAGUUUUUUUUGUUUCUUUGCAAAUCUGAAAGUUUAGUUUGUAGUUAAUACUUCUGGGUUUGCAAUCAAAAGUUUCUGAUUUGCAUUAAUACUUUUUUUUAAAUCACAAAUUGAUUUUUUUUUACCUGCAAUUAAACACUUUUUGAAUUGCAGCCUGGAAAGUUUAGUUUGAGUUAGUUGUUUUAAAAAAAAUAAACUAGAAGAUCUAAGGAAUCUAGAGGCAUGUGUGUCAGGAUAUCGUGUCGGGAAGUUGUCCAAAUAACGCUGCAAAGUUCCGCUUUUUUUAUAUUUUAUUUUUAAAAAUUGAGAGCAGUGGAGCUUAAAGUUUUUGAAAGUUUGAGAAAAUGCUGCAGUUGUUGUCGUCCAUACAUGUUUGAUAUGAGUUGAGUUCAGUUUGACUGAAUACUUUGUUGGUCAGUCUGUGGGUUUCUGUGGACUCACUGUGGAGAAAUAAAAAGACUGAAGUGAGAUGAAUACACUGAGAAUUUUCUCUUAUUUGAAAAAACAAUUCUUGAUUGAAUUGAAUUUUGUGGACACAAAAUGCAGUUAAACAGUUAAAUCGCAACAUAUUGUAUCACAAUCCUCACCAUAUCGCAAAAUGCUUAAAAUCACAACAAUAUCGAAUCGUGACUCAAGUAAUGGGGUAAAAUCGUAUCGUGGGGCCAAUCGGCUGAUUCACAACUCUAGUGACCAGUUGAGCUAAUGCAUACUUAUCCUCCUUCAUGAAGAAUCUACAUCCUUUGAGGUUGUUAGACAGUUGAAUCAGCUCCUCUCCAUAACAGGUUCAACAAAACCUGAACAAGAUAACCUUCAUUAUAGAGGAUUAAUUACAGGACUGUUAGUUUAAUCUCUGCAUUUAGAAUAAAUAGACUCAAUCCUCAUAAACCAAUAUACCAUUUAUCUAAAUAUACAUGUUCACACGUCUGUGGCAAGAGAAAAAAACUAUGCAAAGCCUGUUCAGAUCAGAUUGUUCUUCUUUCUAUUCAAUGUCCGGUUUGAAUUUUAAUGAAUUCCUUUUUUCAUUGCAGUUUUUCUUCCUGCAUGCCUGCUGCUGAGUGCAAACAGACCUUUUUUAGUGGAGAAGUUAAUAGAAGAGAAAAACUUAUGGAGCUAAUUGUAUGUGCCAGCUGAAGUGCACAGCUUGAUAUAUAUAUAUAUAUAUAUAUUUAUUCUGUGGAAAGAUGUUUCUCACUGAGCAAUGCACUGGUUAGAUUUGCAUGUUGUGAAACAAAAACCACUGAAAACACUUGUUUGUAUUUCUUCGUAAUGGAUAAAAGAGGAGGAAUGUGAAGGGAACACAGAUAUUCAGUGCACGGAGGAGACGGGUUGAUUUCUGUGUACAUUAACAAGCAGAGAGUGUAUUUAUACUGAUCAUAAAGGGCAAAUCUUGUAUACAUGUAGAUUGUGAUUGUCUGUACUUUCUGUUGUAAAACUGUUUUUAAACCUAGACAACAGCAAACAAUACAAGUUCCUUUGGUCUAAUUAUUCUGAUGAUUUCAGGGCAGCUGUGGGAGGUUUAUUAUUAUUUUGUGUAUUUUGCAUCAACGACAAAUCCAGAUAGUGAAUAUGGUAUUCCUUUGUACAAUGAUGCUAAUAAGUAUUUCUUGUAUAUAAAAGUCUUUAUUGUGUUAGCAUGGGUAUAAACUGUGACGUGUAUGACAGUAGAUGUAAAUACUCACAUUUUUUUCCUACUCACUAAACAAACUGCUGUGUUGUGGAUUCAUGAUUAAUUACAAACAUUAAACAAUAAUGUUUUAUUGACUCA